CCGCGCCUCGGGGGCGAACAAGCACCUUCUCUGCAGCAUUACCUCCUCAUUCCCACGUGCGACGCUGGCAGUGAGAGGUCGGUCGGGAAACUAGAGCCAAGGAGAAGGUAGAGGAGAGCGGGGUGCCGUCACCGUGGGAAGAGGAAAAGGACAGGCUCAGGGGACAGAGGGAAGUGGGGAGAGAGGAGCCAGAGGAAAGGAGGGAGCUGAGAGGCUGACGCAUCUCGAGGCGCACAGUCUUACUCACUGGCUGGCCUGUCUCGGACCUCGGCUGUGACAAAGGGCGGCUGGACUUCGGAACCCCAAGCCCCGCGACCCAGAAACACACAACCGAGCUCCUCACUGACCUUGCGCAAAAGCCAGCUGGAGGGGUCAGGGGGCGUAGGCCGACACCGCCCUCCCCGCCGCCAAUCUCCUCGCGCUUCCGUGGGCGCGCUUCUGAUGACGUUAGAACUGUGACCCGAGGCCCGCCUCUCCCGACAGGCGUUUCCGGUUUCUGCCCGCCCACUUCCGGGCUUCGUCGGUUUUUCAAUGGUUUGGGCGCGAAUUGCUGUGACGUUGACUCGCUGGAGGGCUGAAGAGGCUUCUUUGAUCAAGAUGUCUAGCAAAGCAAGUGCUUCCAAGAAAAGAUCUCAACAAUUAAAAAGAAACCCUAAAAGAAAAAUUGAUGAUGAAGAUGUGGAGUUGCCAAAGAAAAAGGUUAGAAACACUGCAAAAAAUAAAAAUCCAAAGCAUCUGCCUUCCAAAGGACAAACAGAACAUACUAAUCUAAAACAGAUUAAGAUAGCAUCCAACAAGAGGAAAACCUGGCAACUUCUUUCAGAGAGUAUCAGAGAGCAUUUGCAAAUUAUGAUGGACUCAGUUAUAAUAGCAAUUUUGAGUAACAAGAUUAGAAAAAAUGAUCAAGUUCAGUAUCAUCUUAACUACCUGAAGAAAAGAUUGCUACAACUGUGUGAAACCCUUAAAGUCCCUCCCAAAAAGCUGAAAAAUUUAACUAACGUGUCAAGUCUACUGAAAAUGGAAAGGGCACAGCACAGAGCUAACGAAGAAGGUCUGGCAUUAUUACAGGAAGAAAUAGAUAAAAUAGUCCAGACCAUAUUGUCAAUGACUGGGAAUAUUGAGAGCUUAAAGAACAGAAUUCAAGUUCUGAAAAGUGAGGUGGAAGAAGAGGAGGAGAAAGUAAAAAAGAUGUUUCAAAUAGGUAGUAGUGGGGUACUCUCUCUUCCAGAACUUUCUCAGAAGAGUCUCAAAGCUCCCAUACUUCAGAGAGAAAUUUUGACAUUAAUUCCAAACCAUAACGCUCUUCUGAGGGACUUGGAUGUUCUCCAUAAUUCAUCCCAGAUGAAGAAUAUGUUAAGCUUUCAUUGAAGAAGCAUAUAAGAGACUGGAUGCCUCUUAAAGAGUUUUUUUUAGAUUGUUCUAUAUUAAUUUAAUGUUUAUGAGUUUGUAAAAACUGUUGGCCUAUGAUGAUGCUGCAGAGGCUGAGACUUCUUUGGGAUUUAUUUUCAAUAUGCACUUAAAAUUAGCCUCUGUAGAUCUAUUAGCAUCUAAUGUAGCCCUGAAAACUGUUUUUAGUAGUUGCCAAAUUGAGCUCACAUUUCUGUUGCUAUGUCUUGUUGUUUGCCUAAGCUGCAAUCUAAUUAUUUAUAAUGGCUGAAUAGAGCUCAUUUAUUGGUUAGUACAGAGGAACUAUGAUAUUAUGAUAUAAUGUAUGUAAAGUGUGUGGAAUGCCCGGUACAAAAGAACAUGAUCGUUUGCAAUUAUUAUUGUUCUUUAGUUCAUGACUUGGAUUUUCUGUCUGGUCAUCUGGAACUUGAAAAAUCCCCAAAUGCUUUUAUUCUUUUACAUAACCCUCUAGACCUUUUGUGACAUAAUUAAGAUUUGCCAAGUGUCUUUACCUUUGGGAGUAGCAUGAACAUUUUAUUUCUUUGGUUGGUUUAUUGACUAGGUGUUGAAUAUUUUCCACUAUCAUUAAAGCAUACUUUUAUUUAAAGGAACAUGAGCACAUCUGUUCCCCUAAAAGAAAAAUCAAACAAACAAACAAAAAAAACCCUUUCUAUAAACUUUUUCGCGUCGUCUGAAUGUUAGGAGUUUGUUGGACAGUUAGGUAGUCAGGGCUGGAGUCCUCAACAAGAGAACAUAGAGUCAGGACAGCUAAGACAAAACAGUACUGAUGUCCUGUUUCGCAGCUUAAGCAAGACUGCACUACCAUUUUGUUCUGCAGCCUUUGUAGAAAUGACUUCUGCAAAAUGUUGUAAAAUAAAACAAAGCAUUUGUCAUUAUCAUGAGCUGAGGCAGUUAAGACCUAAGUCCCCAGAUGUCAGCCCCAAAAGACCAUCAGCAUGUAGCUAUUAACCUAAUAGGUAGACAAAUGUCUGAUUUACAUGCCUUAGUACACCCCGGUUGUUUAAGAUAGUACUCCAAAAGAGUUCAUAAAAACCUCUAGACUUAGAAACUCCAGUGGCAAUCCUCUUGGGUCCCCUCCCUCUUCAGGAACUUUGGACUAUUGCUCAUUCUUUAUCCAGUCUAUCUAUUCCUUCUUCCAAGCAGCAUGACCAAGACCUGCAGCACUAAAGGAAAAGAAAUCCUGAAACAAAUAUAUACAUGUGAAUAAAUUAUCACUUAAAUAUAUUAAAAAUCUUCUCUAGUCACUACAA